CAACCGAGAACUCACCACCUCCACACCAAGUGGAUUUUCCACGGGGCUUCCUUCGGCGCCUGGCUUACACCCCUUCAAGACGCGACUGUCAUGUCAUGUCCUACCCUGGUGACAGCCUCACUUAAUUAACCCCACACCAUACAGCAUAUAUAUCGCGCCUCGCGAUGGAUUCCCCAUCAAGCGCGAUGUCGAGCCCAACGAAAGCCCUCAAUCCCCUGUCGCCAGAGCGGAUCAACCAACAGAUCGGACCCAACUCGCCAUCACGAUCAUCCGACAUUUUCAACCUCCAGCGAAAGACACCUCGGGGCUUCACUGAUGUGCAAGCCAAGGUUGCGUUUUUAAACAAUCUAUCGCGAGGAAACAGUCCCGCGCAUGCUUCACAGUCAUCCGCUGGAUCUGCGGCAGCUCUUCAACGGGCUGUUCUUGGACGUGAGGAGGCCGAGUCUGCAUUGGCAAAUGUCUCUGCCCAGCUUUCUGAAGCCCAGUCACGGGAGCGUCGCAUAAGUGAAAGGCUAGAGUCCUUGCUCGAAGAACUACAAACAGGAAAACAGCGCCAGGCUCACGAGAGAACGGUAUUCGAAAAGGAGAUUAGGAAAGCGAGGAAAGAAGCUUUCCGUGCUGGCUCUGUCUUGGUAAAAACACAGGAAGAAUUGAAGCACGCGAGGAACGAGGCCAAAGGAUUCAAAGACGAGGCCCAGACAGAGCGAGCAGCAAAGGAACAAGCGAAACAGGAAGCAUUCGAGCGGGCUUAUGCAAUUGCUGGACUUACCGAGGAGAUGGAGAUCCUCAAGGAACAACUACGAGUUGCGGAAGCCGCCAAUCGGUCGAAUAAGCUCGAAGCGCGGGCGCGGCAAAUCCAGAAGAACAACAUUGGACGGUUGUCGCUGGCUGAAGGCGAUCUUAAUCUCUUGUUAACGCCCACCCGAAGACUCAAACGCUCUGCCGACAAUUUGGGCAACUCGCCUCAAGCCAAUGCAGUGGAAUCCUCACCUGCCCAGGAUACUCCUUCGAAGAGGCAAAGAUUGUCAGAUGUUACCUCUCGAAAGGAGGCCGAGGAGGCCACUAUGUCCGGUGCGCAUCACGACCGUAUCGAUGAGCUUGAGGAGGUCCUCGAGCGCGAGCGUCGGCUCAGGACCAUGGCAGAAGACAUGCUUGAAUUCUUAAAAGUGGAGUGUCGAUUCAGACGCUGCUCCUGCCGUCUGGAAGAAGAAGAUCAAAUCGACCAUGGAUAUGAAGCGCAAAGUGUGGAGACAGGAGAAAAGGAAGAAGAGAAACAUUCAGAAUGUCAUGGUAACAACCACAACACUCUUGUGGUGCCAAAGGAGCCAAGUCCCUCGCAUACCCCCAAGGGCGAACCUUUUGGUUCUGCGGCCAAAGAUCAAAUAAUCAGGAAAGAAGUAGUUGGGGAUAGCGUCGUCGUGGAUGGAGCAGCUGGGGAAUCAGUCAAGCACGGGACCAUCGAAGACGAAGCGGAUGGAGAUGUCGAUGAAGUUGUCGAAGAAGUUGAGGAGGCCCAAGAAGUCGAUGAUGAUGACGACGAGCCUCCAGAGGAGCCUUUGAUAACAUUCUCACCUGCCACUGGCACCUUCCAUACCUUCCCUUCUCCCGUUCGAGGAUCUCCCCGAAAACACAGUGAAGCCGUGUUGAAUCCACACCAAUCACCUGUGACUCGCCAUGAAGAUGGAAAGAAUGCCCAGCUGAUGUCUGGUAGUCCUACUCCGAAGUAUGCAUCAUGUCGGCACAAGAUUCCGUUCGACUCCAUAAUGGAGAGUGAAGCUUAUGUCUUAAAUCCUACUUCAGAAAGUCAUCCCUCACCAGCAGUUGCUGAUGUUCCAUGGGACCCUGUGAUGCCCGUGGGAUAUCGCGCUGAAACUCCCGAUAGGAAUGAUGACUCGGUGAAAGUUCCCCUGCGGACCGAAGAUACGGGAUCUAAUCGCUUUUCUGACGUCCCAGGGACUCCCAUCAGCCGGGAAGAGGCCCUAGCCCAAAUCAGAGCGCGAAGGGAGAGAGCAAACACCAUGAAGAGGUCGGUUAGUGCCAGCGAAAGUGUGCUCCGCUCUGGAGGCAUGGGUGUCGCCCCAAUUCGGAAUGUUCGACGCAUGCCAGGGCCUCGGACUACAGAGGCCAGAAGUGAUGGCUCUGUGAGGAGGAAUCGGAGAGACAUGAGUGCUCCCAUCCGGUUGUCCCACCAUUAGGGCCACUGUCUCGUCCGUUAUAAUGAAAUGGACGAAGGCCAUCACUUCCUUAUUCCUGAUCUCAUUGGUUAAUGACCCGACUCUCUCUCUUGAUACCCCAGUACUCCGAGCGGAAUGGCGUUUUUGGAUGUUGCGUUGACGGGCAUCAAUGGACCCCCUUUUCUCUUAAAUCUUACGAAUAUCAUAUAAUUCUCUUUCGUAUGUUCGAAGAGGGUAACUCUGUGGCGUUUAUAUGGUUAUGUCGGUGUAUCGGCUUUUUGUUUUUUGACUGCCUCCCAACUCCACGGCAUAUGAGUACUGCUUAUAAGCCCCGACGAUCUUUACAUCUCCCCCAGCUUUCCUUUGUCAGGCGAUUUCUUUUUGUUUUUGUUUAUGUUUUUUUCCCUCUUUUUUUGCAUUUUUGGCCUCGUGUUUUUGUAAAUAAUUUUGGGUUGCGUGGUUUGGGUAUUUUAGGAAUAUUCAUUGGAUGAAGACAUCGAAUUGACGAUAUUGACA